CGGCGGCACUCGGGAAGCAGAUCUUCCUCUCUCUGGGAUUUUCAGUGACUGCUGGUUUUGUUGAAGGCGGCACCAUGCCGUUCAUGCCAGUGAAGUUCACCCUGCAGAAGCGGGUGAAGCUGGCUCAGGGCCUCUGGAUGCUCUACUGGUUCUCUGUCAUCGUGGGCAUCCUCAUUUUCAGCCUCGGCAUCUUCUUCAAGAUUGAGCUGAGGAAGAGGAGUGAGAUGAUGGACAAUAACGAGAGCCACUUAGUGCCCAACCUGCUCAUCCUGCUGGGCGCCGUGGCCUGUGGCGUCAACGCCUUUGGGGGGAAGGUGUGCCACGACUCGCUGGACCCGCUCAAGUUCGCCAAGUGGAAGCCGAUGCUGAAGCCAUACCUGCUGCUGUGCUGCGGCCUCAACGUUGCGCUGCUGCUCGCCGCGCUGCUCUGCUUCCUCAUGCAGUUUGCGAUGUACCUGUCACUGGCCGACGGCCUGAAGAACGGCAUCAAGUUCUACAAGGACACCGACACGCCGGGCCGCUGCUUCAUGAAGAGGACGCUCGACAUGACGCAGAUCGAGUUCCGCUGCUGCGGGAACAACAACUUCAGGGACUGGUUCGAGGUGCAGUGGAUCAGCAACCGCUACCUGGACAUGAGCAACGACGUGGUGAAAGAUCGUGUCCUCAGUAAUGUGGAGGGAAAGUACCUGAUGGACAGCGUGCCGUUCAGCUGCUGUAACCCGGGUUCCCCGCGACCUUGCAUCCAGCACCACCUGACCAAUAACUCCGCCCACUAUGACUAUGACCACCGCAUCGAGGAGCUCAACAUCUGGACCCGGGGCUGCCGCGAGGCCCUCUUCUCCUACUACAGCAGCAUCAUGAACAGUAUCGGGGCGCUGGUUAUUUUCACCAUCUUUCUAGAGUCAGCAGACAUGGCGGGGCUGAAAUACCUGUGCACGGCCCUGGAGACCAUGGCGGACCCCGAGAACCCGGAGUGUGAGAGCGAGGGUUACCUGCUGGACAAAGGUGUGAAGGAGACGCUGGCAGAAGCUCUGUCCAAACUCAAGACGCUGGGCAAGGGCAACCAGGUGCAGGAGGGCGGAGCCACGGGCGAGGCCGCCACCUGA